UGAGUGGCGCUGAAUAGAAGCCUCGCUGUGAUUGGAUAAAACUCUUCAGGCGUUCUAGCGGGAUUCCUUCCAAGAGGGAAAUGGGGUUCCAGUCUCUUGGAGUCCAGGUGGAGAAAGGAUGCCUGGCACAGUGUUUGGCGUUGGGCCAGGAGUCUUCAUUUUAGCACUGCUCUGGGUACUGACCUUGCUGCUCUGCGUGGUGUUAUCCAGAGCUUCUGGACUCGCUAGGUUUUCGGUAAUUCUGGUUUUCUUUGCGGCUGUGAUAAUCACAUUGGUCCUGAUAUUUUUCCCUCGCGCAAGUGAGUUGCCAGCACCACCUACAGAAAUUAAGAUUGUGGACACUUUCUUCAUUGGCCGUUUUGUCCUACUCACCAUCGUGAUUGUGGUUUUCGUGGGAUGCCUGUUCUUGCUUUUGAUCCAUCACAUCCUGCAACCUGUGUAUGCCAAACCAAUGAGAGCCAGUUCAUAAGGUGGCAGAAAGUCUGACAAUCACUUUGUGAUGCUCUGGCCUUGAAAUGAGACUUUUUUUUUUGUAGAGAAGAGUGCUAUUGAUUUAUUCAAAAUAUAUUGCUAUUAUUGUGUUUUUUAAUUACAAAAAAUAGUUGUGCUGAUGGUGUUUGUUAUAUGAUAUCUUGAGUUUUGCAGGAUGUACAAAGUGGCAAAAUCAGUUUAAUAAAGAUAGUAACAUGAAUUCUAA